AUGGUGAGUGAGAAUACAACUAUAGUGACACACUUCAUCAUUUUGGGAUUCCCAGGUCUGAAGAAACUUCAGCUUCUUGCAUUUACUGUGGGGUUGAUUGUCUACAUCUUGACCUUUUGUGGACACUUCAUCAUUAUUACUAUAGUACGUAUUGAACAACGCCUCCACACUCCCAUGUACUUCUUCCUCAGUAACUUUUCUUUCCUGGAGAUAUGGUACUCCUCUAAUAUUGUUCCCAAGAUGCUAGAAGUCUUUUUGGACAAAAACACAUCUAUCACUUAUGCUGGCUGUAUUACCCAGCUGUAUAUCUUUAUUACCCUAGGAACAGCAGAAUGUUUCAUUCUGGCAAUCAUGGCGUAUGAUCGUUACUUAGCCAUAUGCAACCCUCUGCGCUAUCCAACUCUCAUGACUAACAAACUGAGUCUUCAACUGGCUCUAUGUUCUUGGGUUGGUGCUGUCAUUAUCAACAUUCCACCACUUGUCUCAAUUUGUAGACUGCCAUUUUGUGGGCCCAAUGAAAUCAAUCACUUCUUUUGUGAUGUACCCCCUUUAUUGAAACUCUCUUGCCUAAACCCACAUGAAGCUGAACUGUCCAGUUUCAUGGUGGCCACCAGCGUCAUUGUUACUUCUUUCUUCCUCAUAUUGGUGUCUUACAUCUUCAUUAUAAUCACUGUUUUGAAAAUCCCCUCCUCUGCUGGACGCCAAAAAGCUUUCUCAACUUGUGGGUCUCAUUUGGCUGUGGUGACUAUUUUCUAUAGCACCCUGAUGUUUAUGUAUGUGCGUCCAACAUCCAACUUUUCAGUUGAUUCCGUGAACUUUAACAAAGUCAUAUCUAUGUUCUACACUGUUAUCACCCCCAUGCUAAACCCAAUCAUUUACUGCUUGAGAAACAAGGAGGUCAAAGAUGCUCUAUGGAAAGCAACUGGGAGAAAGGGUAUGCUUGCGGAAAGGUCAAGUAUCAUAAAAACAGGGAUGAUGAGAGAUGCCGAUAAGAAUGAUAUAUGGAAAACCAAUUUGAAGAGAGGGUGA